GGUCCGUUCUCGUACGCGAGCGACGGCUAAUACACCAGUGCUAGCUGAAGGCUGAAGCCCUUGUUUCCUGUUGUCCUGCAGGCUGCGCUCCCCGCCGGCAACACAGGCAAACAGACUGCUGGCAAGUCCGAUGCUCCUGUGCGAUAAAAAGCUGGCCGAGAGCUCCGUGGUUGCUCACAAGCUACCCCCCGCUUUGCAUCGCGUCGGUGAGCCGCAUCGGUCGUAACUCCACCGCUGCUGAACACGCGGCGUUUUGGUGGUGCACCGGCGAGAGAGCACUCAACAAAAGGAGAGCAGCUUGCACCAUGCCGAAGAAGUCGAAGAAGAAGGGCAAGCGCCCAUCAACCAGCGGCGACGCCCCGGCCAAGCGCGGGAGCGCCGCGCCGCCGCCGCCGCCGCCCGCCGCCCCCGACGACGGCCCGGUCUUCGACGACGCGUUCGAGGACGAGUACAUGGAGGAGGACGUGGUCGUCGGCGACGAGGGCGAGGGCGAGGAGCACGCGCGGCGCCUCAUCGAGGCCGACAUGGAGGCGGAGACCCUAUCCAAUACCCGGGUCCAGGACCCGCGGCGGAACGCAAAGGGCGGCGAGCUGGACUUCGACCCGCGCGCCUACCGCAUGCUCCACCGCCUCGGGAGCGACUGGCCCUGCCUGUCCUUCGACUUCGUGCGCGACGCCGGCGGCGGCGGCCGGACGCGGUUCCCGCACGCGCUGCUCGCGGCGUGCGGCACGCAGGCCGUCGGCGACGCGAACCGGCUCACGCUGCUGAAGCUGGAGGGCCUGGGGCGCCUGGAGCAGGACUCCGACGAGGACGAGUCCGACGACGACGGCGACGACGACGACGACCGGCACGCGGACGCGACGGCCGACCACGUCGCCUUCGGGCACCCGGGCGGCGUCAACCGCGUGGCGGCCUGCGAGCGGGCGCCGGGGCUCGUGGCGACGUGGUCCGACCGCGGCGCCGUGCUGGUCUGGGACGCGCGGCCCGAGUGCGAGCGGCUCUGCGCGGCCGGCCCGCGGCCCGCGGGGGUCAUACAGCGGGGCCCGCUCGCGGUCGCGCAGCGGCCCGCGGAGGGCUUCGGCCUGCAGUGGCGCGACGACGCCUGCCUCGCUUGCGGCGCGAACGACGGCAGCGUGUCCGCGCUGCGCCUGGACCCGAGCGGCGCGUGCGCCGUCGACGUCGAGUGGGCGCCGGCGCCGGGCGCCGUCGAGGACGUCGCCUGGUCGCCCACGGAGGCCACGGUCCUCAUGACCUGCGGGAGCGCCGCGGGCGCGCUCCGCGUGCUCGACGCGCGGACGGCGUCCAGGGCCAUGCUGACCCGCGCGGACGCGCACGGCGCCGCGGACGUCAACGCGCUGAGCUGGAACCGGAGCGUGGCCUACCUCGUCGCGACGGCGGGCGACGACGGCUGCGCGCGCGUCUGGGACCUCCGGCGCUUCGGCGCGGCCUGCGAGCCCGUCGGCCGCUUCGACUACCACGCCGGCUCGCACCUCGCCGCCGUCGAGUGGGACCCGCACGACGAGUCGUCGCUCUGCACCUGCGCGGGCGGCGCCGUCGAGGCCGUGAGCCUCUGGGACCUGAGCGUCGAGGACGACGGCCAGGACGCCGGCGCGCCGGACGUGCCGCCCCAGCUCCUCUUCGUCCACCAGGGCAUGGACGACCCCAAGGAGGCCAAGUACCACCCGCAGAUCCCCGGCCUCGUCAUGACGACGGCCGCGGACGGCUUCAGCGUCUUCAUGCCGAACAUAUAAGUACAACAAACUAAUCUA